GCAUGAGCGCUUGUGGCAGUGGGUGUUCGGCGAAGGUUUACGGCGUUAUGCCGGCUUGUUUGUGUUUGAUGUUGCACGGGAGUAGAUGUCACAGAUCAAGAUAAUGAUGUAACGGGUGGUUUCCGACGAGACGGACGUUCGACGUCGCUAAGAAAUCGCCCAAGUUCCCCUGGGCCCGGUGAAAAUGCGGAGUGAUGCCUUUACCUAGUGACUGACGCAGUAUCUCUGCUUGGAAGCGGUUGGACUCUAGGACGCAUGAUGAAGUUAAUCCGCUGGGUCGAGGUUCACAUAGGCCGCUCUCGGAAGAAGGCAAAGAAGACGCCAACAAAGACCCAAAAUCCUCCCGCCAGCACCACGGUCAUUGCCAGCCCGGAUCUUAAUACUACGACGCGCGAUGAAGCGAAACAAACCCCGCACCACGACUACGACGAGCUCGUUUUCGAAGCGACUCGAAGCCCCCGAACGCCCGAGAGCUCAUCUCGCAAAGCACCUCCCCACAUCCGGACAAGCUUCCUUGACCAGGUGUCGCCGGCCGACGUGAGCUCCCCUCGACAGCGAAGUCGCAUCAAAACCAACCCAUGGCUCCCGUCGCCGCGCAGCCCCUGUGGAAGCACCUCCGCGGACAGCGGCUGGACCGGCUCGCGAUCGUCCACGGGCUCCGAGGGCUCCGAACCGGGAGACGCUGCCUCGGACGCCUCCUCUUACCACAACUGGACCUCUAUGUCCUCGCUUCGAAACUCGCGCGAAACCAUCCCGAGUCCAUGGGCGUCUCUUAAGCCUCGCACGUCGACGUUAGAGCCCUACCGGAGGCCUUUGCCUUCGAUAUCCUCUAGCGCCAGCGACGGGUUCUUGCGCCGGAGACACCCAGAAUCGGCAAGAGUUUAUCGACGAGACUUCGAUACUUAUCGCAAAGGCAUCACGCACAUCAGCGAUGACAGUUGCAGCAGUGACGACGAGGCAUACUCGGAAGAUUUCGUGCAGUCUGAAGACAGUGAUGUCGCGUCGGUUCUUAAAGGGCAGAAGGUCCUUGUGAGUCCGCAGACAGACUCUGCUUGCGAUUCGGCUGGAAGCUGCAUGACGACGCCCAUGUCGGAGACGAAUACAUGCUCUGCAAUGCACAAAGAAAGCCUCGGUGAUAAAGUACAACGAUUGAGAGCCGAAAGAGUUGUAGUGGAACAGAAGAUACGUGAAGCCAGGGUUGAAGAACAAAUACGAAGGGAAGAAAGAAUUAUGCUUCACCAGGAGAUGGUACAGUUCCGAAGGUUGCUCCUACUGAAGACGCUGCAGGGACUACGCGUUGACCUGGAUGAAAGAAGUCACGGUCGUGAGGUGUGCACGACGACGAUGCAGACCAGGGCAGAGUGGCGAUUGGAACGGAGGAAGCUGUAAAUGUUCUUGAACUGGCGCGGCUUCGGCCAGUCUCAAGGCUCUUCCGGAAGCCGUUCUGUGUGGGUCCGUCUUCUACGGUGUCGCUGGGGAACACUUACGUUUCUAUUCAAGUGCAAACAGGUUGUGGACGCUCAAGAACAUUACAGUUCGACAAUGAGGCAUGCACCUACAGCUGAGUUAUGUUAUUUGACGUCGUAUCGCAAACAUUAGUCAAGCAUACAUCUUAUUAACAGCUAUACAUCCACAUCCUCUUGUUUACACUCAUCUAGCACACGGCCACGCUACACCAAAAUACAUAAGGUUGUUAAGAAACAUCUAUCGCAUUUGCAAGUCUGCAGAAGAUCAAACGUUUUGUGAGGAGCAACCUCUGCGAACAUCUGAACGAUACUUACUUUGCGGUGUUUUGAUUUUGGUUUGUUGCAUGUGCUCAAUAUGAAGACGAAUCCAACAGCAAGAAAGGAUAUCCCAGCAUCAGUCCUUUGGUUGUGAACUGGUACUUUCGUAAUCGCCCCCUGAGGAAAGGCAAAAGCCAACGGCUUGCAACAGGAUGGGUAUUGCAUUGGUGCUGUCCUGACAUUCUCACGCUUUGUUUUGUCCAGCAGUGCAGCACAAACUUCUCCGUUUAUGUACAUGCAGAUCAAGUGGAGGGAAGUAAGGUUUAUUGACCGCAAUUAUGAAACACAAGUUAGUCACCAAAACAUUCCACUCUCCUGAGCGUUCCACGCACUCGUGAGUCGUGUCGCCAUAUGUGUCACACACCGAGUUUUGUCAUACUACUAUUCUUGGGAAGAAAUCUCUCCGUUGUGGGAACGAGGUCCGGAAGCGUAGAUGACAUUCCACUACGACAUUCCAGUUACAAUGAAACAAAGUAUAGCAGCAUUGCGAUGAAGCACAAUCUAAGUGUUAUAAUUCAUCAGAUGAAACGAGCACGCGACCAAAUAAAAUACCUCCAGCUCUUGUAAACCGAUCACAAAACGACAGGGGAGUCUUGACCGACCGCCAGGUUGUGCGUGUAGCCUCCGCGUGACGUGUGCCAAAUCGCUAUUCACACCUUUUCAAACAGUAUUAUGCUAUAGGCAUACGCCGAGAAAUUACAUGAUAGUUUUUCGACCGAUCCUGUCGGCACGAUCUCAAUAUAAAUUAUGUAUUUUUUUCAACAUUUCGAUCAGCAUCUGUCGAAUAUAUUAUUUCGUUAUAGUGUACACCAGGUUUAGUUCACUCGUGUAGCUAACUCCUGCUACUCAGAACAUAUAAAGUACACAUCUGGAGAGCGCGGAAAUUUCUUUUCAUAUUGAACAUUGAAGAACGUCUCGGUGCAUUCCAUCUAGUCAUUUCACGUGUUUCUCAUUCAGCUCUUAGGUGCUCCGCAUUGUGUUGUGCAAUCCUGUAAUUACGUCAUACACACGCGCGACGUUUUCUGUUUUGACGUCACUCGCAAUUCUUCAACUCCGAUGCUGUCGCAUCGAAGCGUCUGGUUGAAACUUACGCAUUAUACCAUGCCUGUAAAUUUCCUAUGUUUGUUGUUGUAAGUGUACUAGUGCUUCAUGCUUUCAUGUCCUCUGUUAUGUCCCCCAAUGAAGUAACUUUUCAACUAUGUCUACCUCCGCUAUGUGUGGAGGAUACUUUAGUUGCGCGGAAGCUGAGUUACUCUUGAAUAUCCCGUUCUGCAGUAACGCACUGAAGGUUCACACCCACUUUCCCCAUCUAAUAUUACCUGGUUGUCGCUCAGCCGAGUUUCGGUCUUAUAUUCGUAUUCACGCGGUAAUGCAUUAAUGAAACAAGGAGGCGACAGGGGCGCGACGAGCGUCUGACCUGAGGAGUGGGGUUGGACCUUAAGAAUUCUAUCCCUUCCGUCACAUUACUGUGUAACCUGGGCAAUAGUGCAAUUACAUAUAUAUUCGUGUGCUUUGUAACAGUAAGUAACACACAGUGCGGGUUAUGAUGCGUAUCUAAUGGUUAUACAGUUUGAUAUGACGAGCGCACUUUUUAAAAUCACACAUCACAUUCCAUUUUUCUUAACCAUAUGUACAAAUGGGAUAUGUCCUUCAUGUUGUUCCUGUAUUUUUUUUUUUGCCAUGUUCAUAAAAGCGAUAGGGAGGGGGAGCCCACCGUUUGCGCGGAAAGAACUGUACAAAUCUUGAAGGUAACCUCUGUUCCAUUUGCGUCACUUCUGCAAACUACCACAAAACCAGUUCGGCACCUUUUCGGUGGGACGAGCCCACAGUCUAGGGUGGGCGACCACAGGCAACCUGUCGUCGCUCACCCUUGACUCGGAAUGUUGGGUAACUUGGAAAACGAUAUUCUAUGAAAACAAAAGUUUUGUUCCAUCUGACGUCAAGAUUGAGGAGCAUCUGUUUGAAAGAAACCAUGCGUCAAAGGCCACGCAGUGUACACACUCACCAGGGGCGGACCUAGGAUUUUGUGCAAGAGGGAGGCCCAUCCAGUAUGGCAGAUACACGAUCUAGGUUAAUUAAACACUAAGGAGUGGGUCAGGACAACCCGACGUCCCUCCCCCCCCCCCCUCUAGGUCCGCCCCUGACCCUCACGCCGGACGUACCCUUGGCCGGCGAUUUCGACUAUAGGCAGACAUGUACAAGAUACUCAAAAAUGUAUUUAAGAUAAGAUAAUAAAUACUAGCGUUAGAAUGUAAUUAAGAUAGGGUAUAAAUACAUGAAAAUUAAAGUAAUUAAGAUAGAGUACAAAAUACUUCAAAAAGUAUUUGAAAUACAAUUAAGAUACUAUUUAUCCUUGAACGCAAAAAGUCACCGGUCACUGGUCAAUGCGGCAAGUCGCCGCUAUGCGACAUGAAUCACCGAAACCCCGCGCACUAUAUACGCUUGCCGCCGCAGUGUGAUAGGAGUCAUCUAAACACAAGUCCCAAAAAGACGACAAAGAGAUACCACAUCAUUCCACUAAGUAUAUCUGUCCCAGAACAAAGCGAACUUCUAGCAAGUCCCUGCUCGGCGAGGUCAGAAUUCGGUGUCAUCGCGUCAGGGCACACAUAAUAGAACCCUCACUGGCCAAGGAUUAGUACACGCGGGGCAAGAUCUCUAAAUGGGGACUUCCAAGAAGGGCCAAUGUCCGGGUCAAGUCCGAGGGACUCAGGAAAUUUCCACUGAACAAGCAAGAUAAUGGAAAGACGAGACACAGAAAGUUUGAGAGGGACAUCCAAAAUAUGUAAUUAGAGCAUUGAGUAGAAAAUACCAUAAAAUGUAUUUUCAAUAGAGUACAAAUACACAAAACAAAAAGUAUUGAGUAGAGUACCAAAAUACCGCAAAUUGUAUUUAAAAUACAGUAUUUUAAAUACAAUGCUCCAAAUACGCACAAGUCUGACUAAAGGACACUAGGCUGUUCCCCGAACUGAAAAAACAAGACACUGCAUUGCCCUGUCUCGUAAUUGAAGCACUCUGGUACCGAAAGACCCACUGCACCAAAACUCCGGAGGGGCAUGGACGUGAUCAUGGACUUGCAUGACGUGAGGGGCAUGGACGGGGCAUGACGCAUGGACGUUCGGAUGUGAUUUUCGGUUUUUAACUUUUAUUACAUUACUGCUUUGGCUAAGUUACGCUACCAAUAAAAAAGAUGAAAAAUUA